ACAAUGUACACAGUUUGAAAACACGGUCAGGUGACAAAAUAAAAUUGACUUUGGAAUAGAGCAAACGAACAGCGAACAUAAAGCAAAGGAAACGAACAAAACUUUUGUCCAAGAUGAUCAAGACAGGGACAGGUGGUUCGCGUCUUACAGCUAGCCCGGCUGUUCUGCUGCUUUUGGGUGUGGCGUGUGCGAUAGUGUCGGCCAGGGUGGGUAAAUCUAACCCUGCCCCUUCCUAUGCUUCCUAUGAGGAAAGUAUAGAGGCGCAGUGUGGGUCUGAUGUGCCUGGGGGCGUGGCUCUUCUGAGAAGGGGCGUGGAUAUUACCGCAGUUGAUAUACUUAAUCUACACAUGGACACUGACGCCGGAUUCAAAGGCCCCAUAGUGGACUACACGUGCAAGGAGGGCAAGAAGUGGCGGAGUCCCCACAGUGGGAAGCUGUAUGAAGUGCCGGACCAGGUGUGGGGGUUGCCGAUUGCAGAACCCACCGGAUGGAUCAACACAGACACUCACACCUUCUCAAAUUACGAACAUGCAAAACAGUUCCUGGCACGUCGAUUUGGUCUUCUAUCUGACGAGGCGGGCGAAGAAGGAGGGUCUGAGGCCAAGGAGGGGUUGACAGGGAGUGGUAUGUUCUCCCGCAGCAAGAGUGUCAUCACAAUUGGUGACCAUGUCAUGGACCACUCCUCAGUCGUGACCUCAGUGUCCUCUUUUCUGUCCCCCACUCGUAUAUACUUGACCCCUUCUACUUCUGGCGACAGUCUUAAGCUGGGUAGAAAUGUGGGGAGGGCUCUGGCUGCUCUUCCGGACACUUAUGAGAAAAACAAAGAGGGAUAUGCCCAAUUCAUCCGCACUUUCGGCACCCACCACCUCACCUCGGCCAAAGUGGGACCCUAUAUGCAACUGAUCCUCUACACCCUGAGGGAGUACUUCGACCAGGAGGGCCCCGAGGAAGUGGGCAGACAAGCCAGAGCAUCCUUUUAUCAGUGGUUCAGUGCACAUACGAGGAGGAACCGCACUCAGCAGACGGACAGCGAGGGGGGAAGAGAAGGGCAAGGAGAGGAAUUUGUAGCAGAAAUGGACGAGGAGUUUGUUAAGAGCACCACAACCAAGGACUUCAUCUACGGAGGACAGCCCUCAGUGUUUCUGGAGGGGGGUCUGUUCGAAUGGCUGCACACUGCAUUGGACUCGCCCGCCCUCAUAUCAGCCCAGCUGGCCCCCCUCUACACUUUGAUUAGGGGGGACCCCAAAAGACAACAGGCACUGAAGACAGCAACUCAGGUUCAUCUAGACGGAGCCUACUUGGGGGAGGCAGAGAGAAUUUUGGGCGGCGGCAUUGAGUUCUACUCGAAGGGGGAGGGGGGACGAGUGAAACAACUCACCAGUCUACAGGCAUGGGUUCGCAAGGAGAGCAGAAAGUCGUUCCCCAGCCACGCGGAGGUGUCCACGAUAGCCAAAAGAGUCCAGUCCACUCUCUCCCCUCCCGACUGGUGGACGAAGGGCGGAACCAAACUAUGCUUCAAGUACUCUUCAGACCUACCGGGUAAAUUUUGCUCUGGUCAAUCGCCAACAUGUGCUCCUGUGGGUGAGUUCACAUCCAUGUUCAAAGACUGGAGCAGGGGUGCAGGGGGAUGCCGCUUGCAAUGGGGGCUAUUCACCGAAUUACCCGAGGCCAAUGAGUCGGAUAAAUGGUUCAUGCAGACACAGUUUUGCUUCAAGCACGUGCCGAAUGGAGUUCAAGCCCAGUGCGGUGCUAAGGACGCCGGGGAGGAGUGUGUGCCCGUGAAUGAGUACACUGAACCUUACCAUGACCACACGGACAACAGGAGGGGUGGUUGUGAACUUGCCUGGUCUCUUUCCCACCCCUCCAUUGAGGACACUCCCGCUUGGUUCGCCAACACCAAACUCUGCUAUAGAUUCCAGACGUUCCGCAAAUUAGUCCAUGGCCACAUGUCACAGCUGAGUGAGCCGCAGUGUGGGGCCAUUAAUGAGUACUACCAAGGACGGGUGUACGAAGACAACACCAUGUUCAGAGGAAGAUUGAACUACAGGGAAAAGCACAUUCAGUGGGCUGUCAUCAACAAGUAUUGAUACGAGAGAGAGAGAGAGAAAACUGCAAGUUAAACGUUA